CAAGCACCUCCACGACAACAACUUCGCUGAGCUGCACAAUAUGGCCGCCGUCGACACGCGCGAGAUGCUCGCAGCGGUCGCUCGUCACUGGCAUCGGAACCGCCCGCUCCUGCCCAUGUACGCACACCUUCUGCUCUCUGCCGUCUUUGCCAUCUACACUGGUGCUCACGCCUCGCUCUCUCGGCCAGCUUCAGCCGCCAAGGCUGGUAAGAGCGAAACCAGCACAACCGACUCCCAAGAAGACGAUGAAGAAGACGACGAUGAAGAGGACGUCCAGCAAAUCGAGGGUCUGACGCCCAAAGACGCCGUCAUUUUUCCCCUCAUGGCAGGCUUGGUCCUUGCAGGCCUGUACUGGCUGAUCAACACAUACGGAGCCGACAUCAUCAAUACGAUCCUCGGUCUAUAUUUCAGCUUAAUCGGAACGUACAGUGUUGCCAAACUCAUCAGCGACUCGUGGACGAUGAUUGCUUCCUUUCUCAUGCCCGAUUAUUUUUCGGACCAGGGCAAGCUAUGGAAGGUUUCAGAUGAACAGCAGAAAGUGUUCUCGCUGGAUCAAGGCUCAACAUUGAGCAGAGACAGCCCCUUUCCUGGCCUCCUCGGCCGAUUGCCGCUUCCUGAAGCACUUAGCAACUUCUCGUGGUCAUUGCGUCAACUGAGCAAGCAUCGUUAUCAGAUCGUCUGCUACGCAAAAGGCCUAUGCGACUUCAAGGUCGUGCUUACUCGACAUGAUGCCAUAUCAGCAGUCAUUGGCUUCUCGGCCAUUUUGUACAGCCUCUUCUUCGAAAGCACAUGGUGGCUGACGAAUUUACAAGGUUUCGCCGUCUCUUAUGGGGCACUGCAACUCAUGUCACCCACGACAUUCGCGACCGGCACUUUGAUCUUAUCUGGUCUGUUUUGCUAUGACAUAUGGGCAGUUUUCUGCACUCCAUUAAUGGUCACGGUCGCGAAAAAUCUUGACGUGCCGAUUAAAAUGCUGUUUCCGAGACCAGAAGAGGGCUACAGUAUGCUUGGUCUUGGCGACAUUGUUCUGCCUGGACUAUACAUAGGUCUCUGUCUGAGGUACGAUCUCUUCAUGCACUACCUGCGCAAACAGAAGCAGGUCCAGAAGCAGCAUUGUGAGGGCGAUGUGUGCACGCUCAAGACCGAGGUUGAGAAGGUGCCGUACGUCCCUGUCACUGGCAAUUGGGGCGAGAGGCUGUGGACGAUGGGCUCUGCUCACAAAGCUCUUCCUGCUGCAUUGUCUACUAGGUUCAGCAAGCCCUACUUCACAGCCGCCAUGAUCGGGUAUGCUAUUGGCAUGGUCGCCACAUUGGUAUUCAUGUCUGUGUUCCAACACGCACAGCCGGCUCUUCUCUACCUUGUCCCUGGAGUCCUCAUCAGCACGUGGGGCACCGGCCUAGUCCGUGGCGAGCUGAAAGACAUGUGGCAAUACAGUGAAGAAAUCACAGGCGAAGCAGCCACUGAAGACAAAGAGAAAGAAAAGGAAGGAGAAGCGAAACCGUCCAAGGGCUUCUUCGCUGAGCUAUGGGCAGAGCUGUUUGGCAGUGCAGACGACGACCUGAAGAAGGAGAAGAAGCAACAAGAUGAGAGCGUGGACAAACAGGAACACAGUGAGAAGGCCAGGGCUGAGCCUCCGCAUUUGCUUUCAUUCACGAUACAAAACUACAAACGUGGGGCGAAGAAGGCGGCAAAUAGGCACGCAGCUUCCUCUCAAGAUUCCGGCAAUGCUGCUGGGGAAGCGUCUGUUUUGGAUGCGAACCCAAGCGAGGAUGAUGCAUCAUCGCGUCUGCGCCAGCGCGUGAAGACAGGGGAACGUACUCGUUCGUAGCAUGAAAUCACAGCCACCGCUUGCACAGAGUCCAAUAAGCGAAGCUGUUUCAAUUCAGCUCAUGCUACAU